UGUGAAAAAGCUUUGGAAAAUUAAAAGUACUAUACAAAUGCCAAGAAUUAUCAUUAUGACACUCAAUCUCUAAUUACAUUUUUUUCCUCAAAGUCAACCUUUUUUUUUAACAGUGUAUGUUAAGCUACAUUCCGGAUACUGUACUAAGUACUGGGAGAGAUACAAGCUUAUCAGGUUGGACCUUUGAGAAGUCCUUCUACCCAGUGGAAAUGGAAAACCACACCAGGUUGAAAGAAUUUUCCUUCUUAGCAGUUACGGAGUUUCGGGAGCUGGAGAUUUUCCUGUUUGUAGCGUUCCUCACAGUGUAUGUAACAGCCGUGCUGGGAAACUUGCUUAUUGUGGUCACUGUGACCAAAGAGUUUCUUCUCCACACACCCAUGUACUUCCUCCUUCGGAACAAGGCAGUCCUGGAUAUAAUUUUUCCUUCCAUCAUGUUUCCCAAGUUCCUGGUCGACCUUCUGUCUGAGAGAAAGACCAUCUCCUUCAACGGCUGCAUGACUCAGAUAUUUUUCUUCCACUUCAUCGGGGGAGCUGAUAUCUUCUUCCUCUCAGUGAUGGCAUUAGACCGAUACCUCGCCAUCUCUAGGCCGCUGCGCUACGUGACCCUCAUGAAUCAGGAAACGUGGAUGGGGCUGAUCAUGGCUUCAUGGGUGGGUGGGGGUUUGCAUUCAAUAGUUCAGAUCAUUCUGAUGCUCUCUUUACCCUUCUGUGGCCCCAACGUCCUUCAAGCUUUCUACUGUGAUGUCCCCCAGGUCCUCAAACUUGCCUGCACCGACACGUCUACUCUCGAGCUGUUGAUGAUCUCCAACAACGGAUUGGUGACUUCACUCUGGUUCCUCCUGCUGCUGGGAUCCUACGCGGCCAUCUUGGUGAUGCUAAGGUCCCGCCCGGGAGAAGGAAGGAGCAAAAUGCUCUCCACCUGCUCCUCCCACAUCAUGGUGGUGACUCUCCACUUUGUGCCAAGCAUCUACAUCUACUGCCGUCCCUUCACCGCCCUGCCCAUGGACACAGCUGUUUCCCUCACCAACACUGGGGUCACCCCCAUGUUGAACCCCAUGAUAUAUGCCCUGAGGAACCAGGAGAUGAGGACAGCCAUGAGGAGAUUAAAAAGACGACGUGACUUCUGAAGGGGGAUUAGUAUUGAGAGUCAGAACGAGGUGAGGGGGAAGCAAAAAAUAAUAUGGCUUGAAGCAAACCGUCGGGCCUCUAGGGGGGAUUCCAAAAGGAUUCAUGGCAGGAGUUCUCCCUGAAACACAGAGUGGCAAAGUGCUUCCCCAUGUCUCCAGGUGAAGGUGAAAAAUGGCAGAAUUUGGGGAACCCCAAGUCUAGAAAACAGCACGUGAAGAAUGAGGCAAGCUGCAACAAUUCAGUUUCUCCUCAGUUUCAUUGUCCAGUCUAUACAUGCUCUUGGAUCUUCUCCUCCUGCGAGCUACCCAUCUUUGACCAAGGUCCUGCCCAUUUCUGGAAUCCCUAAUAGGUGGGAAGGAAAUGAGAUGGGGGCAUAUCGAUUACUUGUCACAUUGACUCAAGAGGAAGUUAUGGUGGAGAAAGAGCUUGAAAUUAAAGGCUAAAAGUCAGUCAA